CGUUUAAAGCGUUGCAGACGCAGCGCGUGGGGGGGGGGGGCGGUGUCUCUCCAUCCCUCCCUCCCUCGCUCACUCGCUCGCUCCCCAGAAGGGGUGAGCGACCCCCCCCCCGCCACUGCCCAGCCGGGGCGGGCGCGCGGAGGAAGGAGUUCGCUGGCUGCGGCGGGGGGGACGCCCGAGGAGAAGGGCAGCGAGGGCCCCCCUGGCUGGUCGGGGGUCUCCUCUCCGCCCAGCCGCUGCCAGCCCUGCUAUGCUGGGAGUGAGUGUCGCUGCCCCUCCGCAGGCCCCGCGCGGCUCCUCCGAUCCUCCUCGCUGCGAGGAGAGAGCCUGCCUUCGUUUCGCGCCACGCACGAUGCGGGGGCACUCCUCGCCCUGCGGGAACUCGGGGGCGGCGCCGCCGGCUGCUAGAACCGCCCCGCUCCCUCUGCACCCCCGCUGAGGGUUGCCAACAUGUCAUUGCCAGGGCACAGAAAAUGGCUUCCCGAGACCGCGUGGCUCUAGCCAAGUCGCGGGCAGAGAGGUCGCGCCCUCCCACCGUGCCCGUCCCCCAGGUGGAGAUUGUCCCUGGGCGCCUCUCCGAAGGCGAAUGGCUCUCUCUGCUCUCCUGCGAGGAAGCGGAGGAUGUUUCCGGGGACAUCCUGGCUGGGCUGCUGGAUCAGGUCUUGGGGGAAUGCUACAAGGUCUAUCUGGCCCGGCAGUGCAUCCCCUACGUGAUCAGCCAGGCCCGAGAGGCCAUGCUCCAGAUCGUGGAGUGGCGCUUCCUGGUGCGGGACGAAGGGGAGGCUGAUGUGCCAGCGGAUCCCACCUGGCAGGAGGACGAGGAGCCGGUGGCCUGCAUCACGGACUCCUGGGCUCAGGGCUCGGUCCCUGUAUUGCAAGCUGUGCCGGGGCCAGAGGAGGGACAGGUUCCUCUGCCGGGACUCGCCGAGGAGCCCCCUGUUCCCGAGGAGGAGCCACCCGGGGGCCUGGACGCCCCUCCGGAGAGCCUGGGAUCCCCUUGGAGGGAGGAGCCCCCUCAGCCCCCACCCUGGCCAGAGGAGCAGGAGGCCCGGCCUGCCCCGGAGGCGGAGCUGCCGAAGCCGCCUGCGGAGCCCCGCCCCCCGCCUCCCCGGCCCAGGCCGCCCCCCCACCUGCCCUACUGCGGGCCGGCACGUGGCGCCGCCCAGAUCGAGCAGCUGGUCCGGCCGCUGGACGAGGGGGAGAAGGCGCUGCUGCUGCGGGAGCUUUCCCAGGUGCCGCUGGAGGAGGCCUCGCGGAGCCUGCUGGGCGGCCACCUGCCCCUCCUGCCCCCCUCCUGCAGCAACCUGCUGCGCAUCCAGCUGGGCCGCCCGCCCAACAUCAAGGACGUCUUCUACGACGAGGCCGGCAACAUCACGCUGGCCCCCCGGCUGGACAUGGCCCGCCUGCCCAAGCGCUGGAUCAAGCCCUGCGUGGAGGUGGUGGACCCCGCAGCCGAGUCCCGCCGGCAGGAGGCUCUGAAGACCGUCUCGGGCCGCUGCAAGGAGCGCCGCCGUGCCAAGCCCCCCCGGGUGGGGGCAGACGCCGUGGGCCUGAGCAGCAGCCAGCCUCCGGGGCUGCCUCCGGUGGCGCUGUGGGGCAGAGGGCCCGCCAAGCGCGGCUCUCGGAAGUCCCUCCUGGAGCAGACGGGGCCCCUGCCCUCUGCCCCGGGGCGGCUGCUGGAGCCCAGCAGCGGCCUCUUGGUCCAGCCCGCCCUGCUGAUGCAGCCCCUGGAGCUGGCCCCUGGCGUGACCCUCAUGCAGAGGGGCAGCUCCCGGCAGGGGGUCCAGCCUGCCCUCUCUUCCGAGGAAGCCCUGGGCACGCAUGGGGAGCUCAGGCCCAUCUGCCCCACCGGCAGUGCUGCGGAGCAGCUCCUUGAAGUGCCCAGAGGCCCGCGGGGGCUCCACCCUGCUGCUGUGCACGGACCCUCCGCGUAGGCUCAGGCGCGGCUCUCGCCAGGCCCGAAGAAGAGGCCUUUGGGAGGGGGCUCCCGGGGCGGGGGGGGGGGCUCAGGCCUGCCUUGAAAGCACACGCUCUGGGCCAGGAAGAGGAGGAGGAGGAGAGGCAGGCGUUGCUUGCGCUGCUGUCUGUCGUGGAUUGCCUCCAGCUUGACUGCCCUUUCACACCUUCCGUCUUCAGAGUAGUCUUAAGUGAUGACUGGAAACGAGAGAGUCUGCUGAACGCCAGUUUAGGGAAUAUACCUCUCCCUGUGCCUGUGUCCAUGUAGGGGGUUGCGUUGACAAUAUAAAAGGUAAGAACUGGAGAGAAA